CUACACACUCUCGAAGCCCUUGCCCCAGCAGAAUUUGAAGUAACCCUCGUCGAAGGAGAAGACAUAUUCAUCUACUUUUUCCGAACCAAGCGCUAUAUCCGAGUCAAGCGCUAUUUUCGGCCGUCCGCCCUCGUGGCAUAUGGCCGCCAGAUUGUCGUGCGAGGCGCACUUGCCCUCAAAGCGCAUUGCUGGUAUCUCCGGAUUCUCGGUCUUCGUCGAGGCCGUACUGAUCACGCAGACGUCACCGCUACAACGUUUGCGCAU